GAAGAAUGUAAAAAAUGGGCAAGUUUUGUAACAACUCUGAUAGACAAUGGAAAAUUAGUAAGUGAUGCAGAAGAAAAGAUCUUUGCACAUGGGGAUAUUCCAAAGAAAUGGAAAAAUGUUAGCAAAGCUAGUUUCAAGAAUUUUUGAAAAACAAACUUAGUUAUGAAGUGAACUCUGAAAUAGCCGAUAAUUUGUGGGAUAUUAUUGCAAAACAGAAACUUGCCUUAAAAGAGAAAAGGACAAAAGCAACAGAAGAGAAUAAGGUCAUCCAUAAAGAAAAACAAGAAAAGAUGAAUAGUGAUAUUGACAACGUGAAACCAAUCGUAAGUGCCGGUAGUGCAAAAAGGUUAAUAAAAAAAAAAAGGAAGGCUUAUGCAAUAAAAGAUUUAAUCGGGAAAUAAUAUACUCUGAAAUCGAAUGUAGCGAGUUUUGUUAUUGUUAUCGUUUAGACUAUGAAACCAAUGCGACACAAACAUAUAAGGCAACAGGUUACAAACACUUUGGGCUUUCACGUGAUUCGUACCCUUGGUCACGAUAUGAAUGAGAGGGUGGGGAGUCUAAUUUAAUACACAGAGGAGGAAGAGUGGAUAAAUAGAAUAUGUGUUUAUCGAGGACGUUGGUGCUGUCCAAGGUGGACAUUGAUUUGCCGUGGACUUUGUAACGCCUAAUCUUCACCACUCAGUUUAAAGACAUUCUGCUGUGAAAAGCCAGCUUGUCAUUAUUGACAGUCGCGGUUAAAAACAAACUUGCCGUUAUAAAAUGAUGAGAUUGCAGAUGGUGAUAACAAACGUGCAGCCGCUGAUUACAACACAUAACAGUCUGGUUGUAUCGUAUAUACAGUUCCCAUCUACGUAUGCUUGUUAACGAUCCGACUAGACGGCCAAGAAAUGAAGAAUUGCAUCCUCCUUGUCUUCGGCUUGUUAGCCCUAGCAACGGCAGCUAAACUUAAUUACACCGGGCACAAGGUGAUUCGUGUUAUUCCCGAGACUAAGGAGCAGUUGGAGUUCUUGCGUGAUUGGAAAUCAAGCAGUGAAAUCGAUUUUUGGCUGCUACCGUCUAGCGCGGGACGCUUUGCAGACAUUCGCGUUAGUCCCGAAUCCUCCUGUCGUGUCCAAGGAGAUGUGUCAAGAGAUCGCUUUGCUGUUAUCAGCUGGUGUCUCGACGGACCAAUCGAAACUAGUGUCGAAAGAAUUUCCGUUAGCUUUCGAAGAGGAGAAUUUCACCCUUAAGCCACCGAAGUUAGACGGGUGGAUGAGCCGUCGCGCGCGCGAGAAAAAUACGCUCAAGACAGUAAACUCGUCGGAAGAAGCUCUGAUUAAAACUCAGCUUAAAAUCAUGGACAUCGGUCCACCGCUCAUCGAUCUGUAUGCGAGGGUGGUAGCCGUAGCGGACGAUACACCAGCAGGUGUUCGUUCCCGUCGUUCCUUACAAGCGGCUUUGCAGCAGUGGGGAAGAGCCUACGCUCACAUUUCCAGAAAGCGCAGAGAGGCAAUCGUCAACGCUACGGACCCCAGAGUAGAUUACCUGCUGAGAACCCGAUUCGUAUGGCCGGAUACGGAAAUUCAAGUGGCAGUUCCGCCCCUCGUGUUUAUGGGGACGAUUUUGAACCGACGGCCCGCGGCAGAGGUAGAGGCAGAGGUGGCCACGGACGUGGCGUCUCCAGAGGAAGGUAUGAAACGUCAAUUUCUCUUGCUUCUGUUUCCCCUGCUGCCCCAAUUUUUUGUAACGGAGAGAUAGGUGCUAGACUCAGUCUUUUCUCUGAACGGUGGGGGUCGGUCACCAGAGACCCCUGGGUGCUAGAUACAGUAACCAAUGGCCUUAGAAUUAGUUUCAUUUCUCAACCAAUUCAGCGUAUGUUCCCGCGUGAGGUUGUCAUAUCGGAAGAAAUGCAAGCUGUUUGUGAUGCCGAAGUGGCAAGCCUUUUAGCCAAGAAGGCAAUUACGGUAGUUGAGGACGAUUCGGUAGGAUUCGUUUGUUCUUUUUUCUGUAUCCCAAAGAAGACGGGGGGAUUUCGGCCCAUCGUCAAUCUAAAGCCCGUCAACCAUUUUAUUAGGUACGAACACUUUAAGAUGGAGAGCUUAGAGACCGUCCGGUUUCUCGUCAGGGAAGGGGAUUGGUUUGUUAAGCUUGAUCUCAAGGACGCUUAUCUGACCGUUCCCGUGCAUAAUUCUCACCAAAAGUACCUGCGUUUUGCUUGGCGGGGGCGUAUUUAUCAAUUCUGUUGUAUGGCCUUUGGACUUUCCCCGGCCCCCAGAAUUUUUACUAAACUUUUGAAGGUCGUAACGGCUAUCCUGAGGCAGCAAGGCCUCCGUUUAGUUAUCUUCCUAGACGACAUUCUCAUUUUGAACAGUACAGAAGGAGGGGUUAGAAACGAUCUUAAGACGACAUUGGAUCUAUUGCAGAGUUUAGGUUUUCUGGUGAAUUGGGAAAAAUCCGUCGUUGCCCCCUCCCAAAUAAUGGAGUAUUUAGGAAUGAUAGUCGACUCUAUCAAAAUGUCAUUCUCGCUACCCGCAAUUAAAGUUCAGGAAGUAAAGAGACUAUGCGAGCAAGCACUGGAGGCUAAAUGUGUAUCACUGCGGUCUAUUGCGUCUAUCUUGGGAAAUUUUACGUGGGCCAUCCCGACUAUUCCCUAUGCUCAAUCCCACUAUAGAAGCAUGCAGCGCUUUUAUUUAAACGAGUCAAGAAGAGCAAGUGGUAACCUCAAUACGAAACGAGCCCUCUCGCCUGAGGCGGAAGCAGACUUAAGGUGGUGGUUAUCUAAUUUGGAGGUAGCUAAUGGGAAGGUGUUUUUCCCGAAAAGUCCCGAUAUCGAAAUCUGUUCAGAUGCGUCGCUUUCCGGAUGGGGGGCGGUGUGUAAUGGCGUAGCAACUCGGGGCCCAUGGACGGUUGAGCAGUUAGGGCUGCAUAUUAAUUGCUUAGAGCUUUUGGGCGCUCUCUUUGCACUAAAAUCGUUCGUAGGGGCCUCACAUCGAUUAUCAGUAAAAAUGUAUCUGGAUAAUUCAGCGGCGGUGUGCUACAUUAAUAAAGGGGGUGGGACCAGAUCUGCUGAGCUUACUUCUAUAGCUAAGCUAAUCACAGAUUUCUGUGAACAGCGGCAAUUGUCCAUAGAGGCAGUUCAUCUGGCGGGCGCAUUAAAUAUAGAGGCGGAUGCAGAGUCUCGUUCUGGCCCCGACGCCAGUGAUUGGGUUUUGAACAGAGACGUUUUCCGUAAUCUGAGAGAAAUUUGGCCGAUGGACGUCGACCUUUUCGGAUCAUUCUGGAACGCCCAAUUACCACGAUAUGUCUCUUGGCGACCGCAACCAGAGGCCAUGGCCGUUAACGCCUUUUCAGUAAAUUGGGGUGAUUUCGUGGGGUACGUGUUUCCACCUUUCUCAAUGAUCCCGAAGUGUCUAGAGAAAAUAAGAAGGGAAAAGGCUAACGUGAUAAUGAUUUGUCCAGUUUGGCCGGCUCAGCCAUGGUAUCCGGUUAUAAUGGAAAUGGUAUGCGAGACUCCGCGGCUCCUACAUCCGUCCAUCGACCUACUGAUGUCGCCUCAAGGCGAACCGCACCCCUUACUGGAAUCCGGCACACUUCAAUUGGCCGCUUGGAAAUUGUCCGGCAAAAUUUCAGAAGGAGAGGCUUUUCGAGGCCUUUGGUCGAACUUCUCGUGGCCGGGAGCCGGGCAUCAACACUUUCAACUUACGAAUCAGCAUGGAGAACUUGGGCAACUUGGUGUUAUCAACGGGGUGAAGAUCCCUUGUCUACCACUCUAGCCUUUGUGCUAGAGUUUCUAGCCAACUUACAUGGAGCAGGGAAAUCAUACAGCACAAUCAAUGUGCAUCGGUCAAUGCUGUCGAAAACACUUCCGCAUUUUGAGGGCCAUCCGGUUGGCGCACACCCACUUGUUAAGGAACUCCUUAGCGGAUGUUUCAAUAUAAACCCACCUAAACCCAGAUACAACUCGUCCUGGGACCCCAAUGUUGUCGUAUCAUAUAUGGCAUCUCUCGGCGAAAACAGCUCCUUGCCACUAUCAAAACUGUCACAUAAGACAGCAGUCUUGCUGGCCUUAGCGUCGCUUCUUCGCGUAUCCCAACUUGCGUCAAUCAAUUUUCAAUCCGUCACUUUUUCUUCUAGCGGGGUUAAUUUCACGCUACUAAAACCAAGGAAAGCCCAGCAUAGCGGGCCGCUGCAGUCAAUUUUUAUCCCUUCGUUACGGGAGCCCGGCUGUUGCCCAGUUGAAACGAUCAAGGCGUACGUAGACGCUACGGCUCCGCAUAGAAACCAUUCAAAUAUUAAUUCUCUUUUUGUUUCAUGCAACAAGCCGCACCGUAACAUUACAUCGAAUACCGUGAGCGGAUGGAUACGCUCUUCUCUCGCAGCGGCCGGAAUAGACACGUCUGUCUUUUCGGCGCACUCAACAAGGGGAGCGUCAGCUUCGAAAGCCUUGGCUGCGGGUAUUUCUAUAGAUGCGAUCCUUAAGACGGGGAAUUGGGCUAGGGAGUCGACGUUCAACAAAUUCUACAAAAGAAACUCGAUUCCGUCACUUGCUUCCGCUGUUUUGGAUCCUACACCUCAAACAUAAAGCGCACCCUGCUUUAAAAUCACCCUUAGGGUCGAAGGGAAGUUACUUUCGUAAGUAUAAUUGAGAAUUACCAGAGGGAUCGCGAAGCGAUCCCGAAAGGUAAUUAGAAUUAUACGAGAAAUAACGAUAGAGACCCUAAAGGUCUCUGUUUCCUCCCGUCCCACCCAGAAUCGUUACAAAAAGGGUGCGCCUUCAAUAUUUUUUCUAUAUAAAUGUAUUAUUGUCUAUAGGUCUCAGUCUCGCCCCGCGAAACGGGGACCCCGUUAACAACCGUGUUUCAGAUGGGAAGCAGGAAUGAAAUCCUUCAUUUAAGUCUAUUUCAGUUUUUUCUGUUCUGUUGUUCCAGCCUUUUUUUUCUGGUACCACCAGUUUUUUGGCCUUUUCAGAAGUUGCGUGUUGUGCACUGUUUUCCUUGUUUUGAGUUACGUCCUGCCCAUCCGCCAAGCCGGCGUCAAAGAAAACUCCUGUUUCAGUCCGAUUAGGCUGCCUUUGUUGACCCCAGUAUAAUCGAAUUAUGAUUGAUUGUUGUUUAUAUUCGGUGUUAUUGGUUUAUUCUUUUUCUUCACCUACUGGUUCCUGCAACUUCAUGUACUUGUGUAUCUGUCAUUCUUGGUUACCCAAUUCAUUCGCGCAAAAAAGCGUCUGAUCAGAAAGGGCGUAUGCAGGGGGCGAAAAAAGAAAAUCUUUAAAGAGCUAUACAAUACAUCGUCUACACCCUUA